AUGACCGACGUCAAGCUCAACCAGGCUCUUUUCUCCCAAUCCGCCGGUAAAACAGUCCUGAUAACCGGUGCAGCGCGGGGGAUCGGGGCCGCAACCGCAAUCCUAUUCAACUCCCACGGUGCCAAUGUCGUUCUCGCUGACCUCCCUCCUCUACGAGCCAGCGCCGAGGAAGUCAUUCAGAGGCAGAUGAAAUUCCCAAACCGUGCAAUAUCCGUAUCUGCCAAUAUCGUCAACUGGACAGAACUAACAGCAUGCUUCGAAGAGGCGAUCACCACCUUCGGAAAGGUCGACAUUGUCAUAGCUAACGCGGGUAUUAUGGAGUCCGAGUCUGUCUUAGACAUGGACAACGUGGAUGAGAACGGACGCCUUCUCGAGAGUGUGGAAGCGGGGAAGGUUAUUGAUGUUAAUCUAAAGGGAACAUUGAACAGUGAAGUUUCCCAUCAUCUUCAAUCUUCAAUCUCCAUUUAA